UAGGCUGACAUACUGUCUUCUACUCAGCUGUAUUCAGGCUGAAUAUUGACUGUGCCAUAGCCACUUCAAAACAAUGUCAGCAUUGAUCUCUUCCUCGGUGCUGAGGUGCUGCGCUCAGCAAGCGUUCAGCACGCGCAGCAGAACCCUGGACUCAUGCAGCAGGAGUUUGCUCCUGUGUGCCAGGUUGCUCCACGUGGACACUCCUCCUCGUACUCCCUCUCUGACCAGCAGCUAUGUCCAUGGCGCCUCCUCCUUCUCUCUGCUGUCCCACACUGUGAGCCAGAGCCUGGACGCCACGGCUCAGCGCUGGCCUGACCGUGAAGCUGUGGUUUUCCUGCAGGACGGCGUCCGGAAAACCUUUGCACAGUUUCAGCAGGAUGUUGACAAGGCGGCUGCAGGCCUCCUCGCUCUGGGCCUGAAGCGAGGCGACCGACUGGGAGUCUGGGGACCCAACACAUAUGAAUGGAUCCUUUUCCAGUUCGCGUCAGCCAAGGCUGGAAUCAUAAUGGUGUCACUGAACCCAGCCUAUCAGGUGAAGGAAGUGGAGUUUACUCUAAAGAAGGUCCAGUGUAAGGCGGUGGUCUGCCCUACUCACUUUAAAACCCAGAAGUUCUGUGAGAUGCUGAGGGAGAUCUGCCCAGAGACUGACCUGACAUCAGCCGGUUUAAUCAAAAGCUCCAGGUUGCCAGACUUGCGAAUGGUGAUUUUGACCGACAGCCGACAGCCGGGGAUGCUCCACGUAGACGAUGUGAUUCAAGCGGGAGAGAGUCGGCACCACAGAGAGCUGACGGAGCUACAGAGCAAGCUGUCCUUUGAUGACCCCAUCAACAUCCAGUUCACCUCGGGCACUACCGGAAGUCCAAAGGGAGCUGUUCUUUCCCAUCACAAUAUUGUAAACAAUGCCUACUUCAUAGGUCUGCGAAUGGGGUACGCAUCAAGACCUGGGGUACGAAUCUGUGUGCCUGUGCCCUUGUACCACUGCUUCGGCUCUGUGCUCGGAGGGAUGUGCAUGGCAGUGCACGGUGUCACGCUUGUCUUCCCUGGGUCCGCCUACACCGCCCAGGCCAAUUUAGAGGCCAUUCAAAGUGAAAGGUGCAAUUACAUCUAUGGCACUCCCACAAUGUUCAUCGACUUGCUCAGCCAACCAGAUUUGCGCAAGUAUGACUUGUCAUCGCUUGAAGCUGGGUUCUUGGGAGGUUCUCCGUGCCCCCCGGAGAUUGUGAGAAAAGUGAAAAAAGACAUGAACAUGAAAAAUAUGAUUUUGGGCUACGGAACCACUGAGAACAGCCCAGUCACAUUUAUGAGUUUUCCACAAGACAGCGAUGAGCUGCAGGAAAAUACAUCCGGCUGUAUCAUGCACCACACUGAGGCAAAGGUGGUGGAUCCCAACACAGGGGAGGUCGUCCCUCUGGGGGCAUCAGGAGAGAUAAUGAUCCGAGGCAGCUGUGUCAUGCAGGGCUACUGGGACGACCCUGAAAAAACCAGAGAGGCUAUCUCCCAAGAUCGCUGGUUCAGGACCGGUGACACAGCUAGCCUGACAAGUCUGGGAUACUGCCGAAUUGAGGGACGUAUUAAAGACAUGAUCAUCCGUGGAGGGGAGAACAUCUACCCUGCUGAGAUAGAGCAGCUACUCUAUACACAUCCAAAAGUGCAGGAAGUGCAGGUGGUUGGAGUGAAAGAUGAGAGGCUGGGGGAGCAGGUGUGCGCCUGCAUCAGGCUGAAGGAAGGUCAGACCUGCAGCACAGAGGAGAUUAGAGUGUUCUGCAAAGGACAGAUUUCUCACUUCAAAAUCCCACAUUAUGUGAUCUUUGUGGACAGCUACCCCCUGACUGUCUCUGGGAAGAUCAAGAAGAACAUAUUAAAGCAGGAUAUGGAGAAGAAACUGGACCUUUAAUUUGUGGACUGAUGGACACUGAAGGAGCCUGCUGAGAAAGACAGAAGUCUGGCAAUGGAGAAUCAUUCAUGUUUGACCACUCCAAGUGAUUUACAGUGCAGUUUUUUGCCAUUCACUCAUUCACACACAUGCAAACAGUGCGUCUAUGGGCAGCACUGUUUCUAUGGAAUCGAACUGCCAACCUUCUUACACUUGUACUCUUUAAAUGUAAUUACUAAAGAAAAUUUCGAUUUUGAUAGUUGUUCUUUAUCUUUGAUCAUGAUAUCACUCUUUGACAAACAAUGGGAAUUAAUCAUUGUGCUCAGUUAAUAUUUGAGAUGAUUACAUAAUAGUUGACCUUUUGACCAUCAGGUUUACAAGGGGGCUGCAGUCACCUUGCUCUGAAGCAACCAAAUAGGAGUUUAGGGACCCAACACAUAUUUAUAUUAUAUUGAAUUUUCCAGUUCGCUUCAGCCAAGGCUGGAAUAAUAGAUUAUACAAUUGGCCUUACACCAGCAGACAUGAUCAAACUCUCCACGUAUGACUGAUUUCUGCCAUACCUUCUUCAAAAUUGGAAAAAUACUGUAUAAGUGAAUUUUUUCUGUAAGUGAUAUAAGAUGGUGUCUUGUUUCUGCCAGACUCGCUCACGGUGAUUGUGACUGACACCAGAAAGUCAAGGAUGUUCCACAUAGAUGAGACCGAGCUGAAGGAUCUAGAACAAGUUGUCCUUGGAGCUAAACAAUGUUAUCCACUGGACAGAAAAGAAAGCUGUGGCUUAUUAACGUGGUUAACUGUAGUUGGUCACUGGCCAGUGAGGAUCAGUGGACGUUAAACAUUACAUGGCGAACAGAAACAACCAGACAGGCAGGUAGAACCAGCUCAUCUCUUUUCAGGGCCCUGUGUCUUUUCAUCAGAUAAAAGAUAAAAUACACAAAAUGUGUUGAAGUGAAGUGAUGACAAAUGAUUAAUACAAUUUAAACAUUUAAAAAUUAGGCCUGCGUGUGAAACUAUUUCAAAGAAAAUCGAGACUUACAAAAUUAAUAUCUCAUUACUACUGUGUGAAUAAUUAGUCAAACUAUCCAAUGAGGAAAAACUUGAAUUCAAACAACAAAAUAACUGACUGUCAUUGAGAAACGAGCUGUUUCCACAGACUCAUUUAGCUUCACAAUCACACUUCAGGACCUCGGAGUCUCACUCUGACAAUAUCAGGACGUUCUCAUGCAGAAUUUCAAAGUAAAAGGGAAUUAUGCUAUUUUCUCUGUUUUGGUUAUGGCAACAGAGAAGGAGCUUAUUUUUUGUGUCUUGUCAAUGGGCCAUGGACAGAUAAGAAAAAGAAAAAAAUACAUUUUAACGUUUAGUGUGUCAUGUUUUGUCAAAGUGUUUUGUAUUUGUCUGUGAUGAAUCUUAAAUAGGUUGUCAGGGUGGCCCUCUGCCUCCCUCUAUUGGUAGCAUUUGAUUCUGACCUGCUUACACUUAAUGGUACAUAUUGAUUGCUGUGUAUUGAGUUGUAUCAUGUGCAGUGCAAUUAUUUGCUGUGCUUGCAGUCUAGUGUUCGACCCGUUGAUUGUGCAAUAUUUGAACCCGAUUGCCUUGUUGUGUGUUUUAGCGGGUUGGGGUAGGAGCCUGUACUUUUCAAAAGUUCAACCCUUGAGUUUCCUGAUUUGUGGUGUUUGUAGUUUUCAUGAAUUUGUAUUGCACAAAAUUUUUUUUUCUAUUUAAUUCCCCCUCCUGGUGAUUAUUCUCUUUCCUCUGAUACCAGACCAGGUUUAAAGGGCCGUGGCAGUAUUAUAAAACAUUAAAUAAACAACAACCUUAACAAACAGAAACGCUUCAAUGGUUGUAAGUGUGGCUGAGACAUUAAUAAAACGAUCAUAUGUCAUUAUUGAUACAGUCAUAACCAUACAUCCCACAGCAAUGCAUGGAAACUCAUGGUCGCAGAGUUUGAAGGAAUCUGAGUUUGAAUCCAGUAAAUCUGACGUUUUG